GGGUGCCGGGGGCACCGGGGGCUGUGAGCGGCUCCGGCCUGCAGCCGGCGCAUCCCGGGGGCAGCGGAGGUUUCAGCGGUCGCCCCCCGCGCCGGGCUCGCCCUCAGCCCCGGCGCCGCCGGCCAUGUGUUCCCUGGGCUUGUUCCCGCCGCCGCCGCCCCCGGGGGAUGUCACCCUGUACGAGCUCAACAACGCCCUGGUCUGCGGCCGCCUCAGCGAGCAGCUCCCGCUGCCCUUCCAGAGCCAGGUUCCCGAGCUGCCCGUGCUGAGCCUGCCCAAGGAGCCUCUCAAGGCUCACGGCCGCCUGGAGCCCAGCGCCCGCCCGCCCUUCAUCCACCACCGCGAGUCCCUCUGGAAGCGCUGCCUCAGCGCCUGGCGUGACGCCGGGCUCUGCGGGCUGCUCAGGGAGCUGGCGGGCGCCGAGGAGGAGGGGCUGCGGUGGCUGCGGACGGGCUCGAGCCACGCGCUGGCCGUGUGCCGCUGGCUGUCCUCGCUGCACGGAUCCCUGUUCCCUCACCUGUCCCUGACCAGUGAGGACAUGAUCACAGCCUUCUCCCAGGCCGUGGACUGGGCCGGCUGCACCAUCCGGGCCUUCGCCUGGCACCCCCACACCAACAAAUUCGCUGUGGCUCUUCUGGACGAUUCCAUCCGCGUCUACAACUCCAGCAGGUCUCCCUGCUCCCCCAGGGAAUGCCAGUCCCUGCUCAGGAGAAGACUCAGCCGGCUGCUCCUGCAGCCCCCCCAGGUGUCCCCAGGCUGGGACUUCUGGCCAGCCAGGGCCCUGUCCGGACCGGGGACACCUCGGCCCAGUCACACCAGUGCCACCGUGCCCUCGCUGAAGCACCGCCUGCAGCGGAACGUGGCCGCCAUGGCCUGGAAGCCGCUCUGCGCCUCCAUCCUGGCCGUGGCCUGCCAGAGCUGCGUCCUCGUGUGGCACCUGGACCCCACCUCCCUCUCCACCAGGCCCUCGUCGGGCUGUGCCCAGGUGCUGUCCUACCCCGGGCACGGCCCUGUCACCAGCCUGGCCUGGGCGCCCAGUGGGGAGCGGCUGCUCUCGGCGUCACCCGUGGACACGGCCAUGCUGGUGUGGGACGUGUCCACCGAGACCUGUGUGCAGCUGCAGUGGUUCGGGGGUGGCGGUGUCACCUACGUGGCCUGGUCCCCCGAUGGCAGCAAGGUGCUGGCGGCCACCCCCUCGGCCGUGUUCCGGGUGUGGGAGGCCCAGAUGUGGACCUGUGAGCGCUGGCCCACCAUCAGGGGACGCUGCCAGACAGGGUGCUGGAGCCCCGAUGGCAGCCGCCUGCUCUUCACGGUGCUGGGCGAGUCCGUCAUCUACUCCUUGUCCUUCUCCGAGUACCGGGGGGAGAUGCAGGGGCAGGUGGGAGGCUCCAAGACGGCCUCGAUUGUGGCAGAUCUGUCCGAGACCACCUUCGAGACCCUCUAUGGGGAGGAGAGGAUCGGAGGAGAGGUUCAUUCCAUGGUGUGGGACCCCACCGGGGAGAGGCUGGCGGUGAUCAUCAGAGGACACCCCGAGUCCGUGGGCAGCCAGCCGGCCGUCGCCGUGUUCCGCACCCGCAACAGCCCCGUCUUCGAGCUCCUGCCCUGCGGCUUCGUGCGGGGCGAGCGCGGUGCCCGGCCCCAGCUCAUCUCCUUCCACCCCUGCUUCCCUCAGGGCGCCCUCCUGACCGUGUGCUGGUCCUCGGGGAGGAUCUCCCACAUCCCCUUCUUCUUCGUCAGCGCCCUGGAGCCGCGCGGCAGCCCCCGGCGCAGCCCCGCGCCCGUGCUGGGCAGUGUGCGGGAGCAGCCGCUCUUCUCCGAGCUCUGAGCAGCACCCCAGGGCCCCCCUCCCUCCAGGAGCCCCCACACCUGCUCAGGGCCGCUCUUCUCCGAGCUCUGAGCAGCACCCCAGGGCCCCCCUCCCUCCAGGAGCCCCCACGCCUGCUCAGGGGCUGCCACUGCCCAUCCUGCCCCCAUUAAAGGUGCAUUUUCCCUC